GGUCAUCCAACUUUUGAUAUUGUAGCCCAGAAAACUUUUUAUAGAUAGUGUAGUUCAGGCCCAAGAAAGGUCCAAAACUGCUAGGGUUUUAUCAUUUUCUAACUCAGUAGCCGUCCCUUGUUCCCUCUUCUUCUUUUUCCCUUGUUAUAUUUGUUUCUUCCGCCCUGCUGCUGUUUUUCUUUUUCGAAGCUACGUAUCCACUUUCCAGUUGAAGGAUCCGGGCACGUUAUGGCUCCCAAAAGAGGUGUGAAGGCCCCAGUAUUGGGAAAGAAGAAACCUGAAAAGGUUGUCAACCCUUUGUUUGAGAAGCGGCCAAAGCAGUUUGGUAUUGGUGGUGCACUGCCGCCAAAAAAGGACUUGACUAGGUUUGUCAAGUGGCCUCAUGUUGUUCGCAUUCAGAGACAAAGGAGGAUUUUGAAGCAACGUUUGAAGGUUCCUCCUGCUGUUAAUCAGUUCACCAAAGCACUGGACAAGAACCUUGCUACACAACUCUUCAAGUUGUUGCUCAAAUAUAGACCCGAGGACAAGGCAGCUAAGAAGGAAAGGCUUCUUCAAAGAGCACAAGCUGAAGCUGAGGGGAAAACUGUGGAAUCAAAGAAGCCCAUUGUUGUUAAGUAUGGGCUUAACCAUAUCACUUACCUCAUUGAGCAGAACAAGGCCCAAUUAGUGGUUAUCGCACAUGAUGUUGAUCCAAUUGAGCUUGUUGUAUGGUUGCCUGCCUUGUGCCGGAAAAUGGAGGUUCCUUAUGCAAUUGUGAAGGGCAAGUCACGUCUUGGAGCGAUUGUCCACAAGAAAACAGCUGCUGCUUUGUGCCUCACAUCAGUGAAGAACGAAGAUAAAUUAGAAUUUAGCAAGAUUUUGGAGGCAGUUAAGGCCAACUUCAAUGACAAGUUUGAUGAGCACCGCAAGAGGUGGGGCGGUGGCAUUAUGGGCUCCAAAUCUCAGGCCAAGACCAAAGCUAAGGAGAGACUCUUGGCAAAAGAAGCUGCACAAAGAAUGAAUUGAGCUCCUCGAAGUUCUAUGCAAAAAGAACUUUAGGAAGGCAGAAUUUUGGCAUUUUCGCAUGGAUUUGUUUUUCAUGGACAAGUUUUUGCAUUGAUCUUGUAGCUCAGAUAUUCGUUAUAUUAACUUGAUUUUGGCUGGAGAAA